AUGGCAUUCCCUGUGGAUAUGCUGGAUAAUUGCAGUCAUGAGGAACUGGAAAAUUCUGCUGAAGAUUAUAUGUCAGAUUUAAGGUGUGGGGACCCUGAAAAUCCUGAGUGCUUUUCUCUUCUCGAUAUUACGAUUCCUAUUAGCCUGUCAAAUGUAGGCUUUGUACCUCUUUAUGGUGGAGAUCAGACCCAGAAAAUUCUUGCUCUUUUUGCACCUGAGGAUUCACUGACAGCUGUGGCACUUUACCUUGCCGACCAGUGGUGGGCUAUUGAUGAUAUUGUGAAAACAUCUGUCCCUUCUAGAGAGGGGCUUAAGCAGGUGAGCACUCUUGGGGAAAGAGUGGUUCUGUAUGUGCUGAAUCGCAUUAUUUAUAGAAAACAGGAAAUGGAGAGAAAUGAGGUCCCAUUCCUGUGUCAUAGCAGUACUGAUUAUGCUAAGAUUCUGUGGAAGAAAGGAGAGGCCAUUGGGUUUUAUUCAGUCAAACCUACAGGAAGCAUAUGUGCCUCAUUUCUUACCCAAAGUUACCAACUGCCGGUUCUUGAUACAAUGUUUCUCAGAAAGAAAUACCGAGGUAAAGAUUUCGGGCUUCAAAUGCUGGAGGACUUUGUUGAUUCCUUUACAGAAGAUGCACUUGGCUUGCGGUAUCCACUGUCGUCUCUCAUGUAUACAGCUUGCAGGCAAUACUUUGACAAGUAUCCAGGAGACCAUGAACUCCUUUGGGAAGUUGAAGGUGUAGGGCACUGGUACCAGCGAAUACCAAUCACCAGAGCAUUACAGAGAGAAACACUUAAAAUUCCAGCAGUUUCUCAGAAUGAACCUAAAAGACCUAUGUCUGGAGAAUAUGGUCCUGCAUCUGUUGCAGAAUAUGAAGCAGGAACUGGAGAGAAUCAGUCUAGUGAGAUGCAGCUAACUAUUGAUUCUCUCAAAGAUGCCUUUGCAAGCACUUCUGAAGGUCAUGAUCAAACACCUGUUUCCACUCGAACUCGAAGUAGUAAUCUCAAGCGACCAAAGAUUGGAAAGCGGUUUCAGGAUUCUGAAUUUAGCAGUCCUCCAGGUGAAGAGGAAAAGACUCCCCAGACUUCAGUAAAUAAAUUGGAGUCUACUGCACGCACAUCAGAAAGCUCAGAAGAAUUCCUGGAAGAAGAACCUGAACAAAGAGUGAUUGAAUUUGAGGACGAAAGUGGUGUUAAAGAUGCCAAGCCAGCGCCAGAAAGCCCGCCACACCCAGAGAAGCAGGAUGGUGAGAAGGAAUCUGAAUUGGAGCCUGUGAACGGUGAGAUAAUGGAUGAUUCUCUUAAGACCUCACUUGUAGCUGAAGAGGAAGACUCCACGAGUGAAGUGUUAGAUGAAGAAUUAAAAUUGCAGUCUCCUAAUUCCAGUGAAGACUCUACAAAUCUUGUUCCACUUGGGGUAGAGUCUUCAAAACCCUCCGAGGCUGAUGUACCAGAUAAGGGUUUUUUUUUCCAGACCCCACUUACAGCUGACUCAGAAAUGUUGGUAGACGAAGGCCCGUCUGAUGAAAAGGGACAUACUGAAGAGAAGCUGAUCCUAGUUUCGAAGAAGAAAGCACAUCUUGGGAGUGCAGACAACGUUACUACUCUCUCAAAUGAAGAACGGUCUGAUGGAGGUUUUCCAAACUCUGUGAUAGCUGAAUUUUCUGAAGAACCAGUCUCUGAGAAUUUAUCUCCCAAUACUACUUCCUCACUGGAAGACCAGGGUGAGGAGGGGGUAUCUGAGCCCCAGGAAACAUCCACUGCUGUUCCUCAGAGUUCUAUGAUAGAGGUUGAACUUGAAGAUGUGCCAUUUGCACAGAAUGCAGGACAGAAGAACCAGUCAGAGGAGCAGUCUGAGGGAUCUUCUGAGCAACUGGAUCAGUUCACCCCAUCUGCAGAAAAAGUUGUGGAUAGCAGCUCGGAGGAGAUAGAGGUGGAGGUGCCUGUGGUAGACAGGCGGAAUCUAAGAAGAAAGGCCAAGGGGCAUAAAGGACCUGGCAAGAAGAAAGCCAAGCUGACCUGAGUGAAGAAGAAACGCAGAUAAUAAAUCCUCUUCUUUGUGAUGUAAUUGUUGUUUUUAAGAUAUGGUAAUUAAUAAAUAGCAUGGGGCACAGGACCAAAUUCCCCAAAUUUCAAAUAGAA